CGGAGUGAGAACCGCUUCGCAGGCUCUGAUAGUCACCCAUUUCCUGUCAACAGACUGAGGAAGCGCUUAUAACAUCUGGAAAUCCGGAGCCUCCUGCGAAGUGACGCCUGGCAAGUGGAAUCUGGGAUUUAACAAGGAAAGGAAUCCACCCGUUGUCAGCUUGGACUUGGAGGAGCCGUGAAGGCUUCCCAAAGGCAGAUAUUACCUACUCAGUUUGGGCGGAUCCCCUAACAAGUACUUGAGAACAAAACGUUUGCGGAUCAUUAAGAUGUGAGUAUAAUCACCAAAAAGACGAUCUCGGGAAAGGAGGUCCUCUUUCCUGCCCUGUAAUGUUGAAGGAUCUCUUCCCAGCACCCUGAAGAUCUCUCAGAGAAAGUAUUACUUGGCAGCACCACCUCGGUGAGCGUCUCCUUCUCUGGGUUCUUCAUUUUUCUUUCAUUACAACUUUGCUGUCAGUCUUUUUUAAUAGAUCCCCAAACCUGAUCCCCGGUUCUUUUGAAAAAAUGCCCCUGCAGUAUUUGAAGAGUAAGAAAGGGCGAGAUCAGCUGCUGCAUAAAGGAUACCUGUUUACAAAGGAGCGUGUGUUUAAGAACAAAACCGUGUGGAAAUGUGCAAACUACCACAGAAACCGCUGCCCAGGGAGAGCCCACACCUAUGAUGACCGUGUCAUCAAGUUCUCAGACCAUAAUCACCUUCCCAGAGAAGCCAAGAGAACAGAGGGCAGCAGAGAGAUGACAACAAUCCCUUCUGGCCCGCAACUGACCCACGAAGCGGUCUUGCCAAAUUCUGGGGGGCUAUCGGAAACAGUUCCCAGCAGGAAACCAGGUUUCCAAAAUGUGAAAAAGCUAACUUUGAAGCCAACUGCUUAUGCAGCAUUUGAGUUUGUAUAGUACAUCUAUGCAGCAUCCCGCCAAGGUACGUGUCCUUCGCAAGCAUCGUCUGCCACUGAGGCCAAGUCAGUUGCUACGGAUCCAUCCUCAUCACUCUCUAUAAUUCCUCCAAACUCUCUUGAGCGCUCAGAGAAAUUAGAGGAUGGUGAUGUCAUGGCCACUCCCAUGCUCUGUGAGGAGCCCCAAGCAUCCCAUUCAACCCUCCCCCAGGCCACCCAGGAAGCUGGGAGGCAGAGGUUUCGCUCGGGCGCCGUCCCACCUGGAGCAAAUCCCCAGGAGAUUUUGUCCUGCAUAAGUGAGGCAGCCCGGCAAUGGUUGUGUCCUCAGGAGCACGACAAGGACCAGAUUGUGGACAUGGUCAUCUUGGAACAGUUCCUGGCAGUGCUUCCGGUGGCCUUGCAGGCCUGGGUGAAAGCCCAGGAGCCGAGCAGCAGCACGGAGGCAGUUCAGCUGGCUGAGACCUACGUGAGCGAACAGGAACCCUCUGGAGCUAGUCAGGAACUGCAGAAGGACUCAAUCACCUUUGAAGAUGUGUCUAUACGUUUCUUGGAGGAGGAAUGGGCUUUGCUGAACCUGGAGGAAAAAACUCUGUACUGGAGUGUGAUGCAACAGAAUUAUGAUAACGUGGCUUGGCUGAGUGUGGAGAUGGGCAGCAAAGGAGAGGAAGACUCCCAGCAGGAAACUCCUGAACCUAUGGCAGAAUUGCUGGAAAUAUCCAACAAGGAAAUAUCCUGGGGCUUCAAGGAAAACUCAUUUAAGGAGAACCCUCUGGAAAGGCAACCAGAAAGCAGUUCAGAGGAAAAAGAUGUUAGCGAUUUGAAGGAAACAACCAGAGAUGCGGAAUUAGAUCUGGAGACCAGGUGUGUGUAUAGUGGUUGUGGAAAAGAAGACGAACCCUCCUCACUUGUUGGUAGCAGGAAAAGCCACAGAGAGGAAGAUCCUGAACCCGCAAUAUUAUCUGGGGAGCUACAGGAAUCCUCAGAGAGAAAAAUCCCUCAGGAUCCUGCGGAAAAUUUAAUGAAGGAGGACCAGAAGGAAUUGGAGAGGCAGCAGUCAAACAACCCUAGAAUGGAAGAGAAUUUUAUUCCUUUCAGGGAAGAUUUGAGGGACCAUCGGGAUAGUAGGCCAGGUCGAGAGACUCCAUGCAUAGCUGUUGAUGGUGAGGACCAGGGUGAAUCCAUAACACUUCCUCAUGAACAGAAUAUCUACACAGAGGAUGACUUUGAAUGUGUGGCCCUACCUGAGGAAACAUUGUUUAUAUCAGUGGAAGAUAUUUCCCAGGGUGCUGAGAAAAACUCGCAGCUGAAGCCUAUAAAUAUUUAUUCACUCAAUGACCUGAAUAGCACUUACUCCCAAAUAGGUGUGAAUGGGACUGCAGCACUAAAUAGUCAGAAGACCAUAAUUCUGGACAGCGAGCAGAUCAGUAUCCCAGGGAAGGAAGGAGGAGAAGAGGAAUCUGUUCUGUCUGGCAAUGGUUUGCUGGAACUAACUACAGGCAUUCUUUUAUUUGAUGCUCAGCCAACACCAGAUCCCCAGCUUACAGGCCCCGAACCUGAGAAAUCUUCAGAAUACCACAAUAUUCAAAAAAAUGGUCAGGGAGAAAAUUUGCCUGAAGGCUCCAGUCUUAAGAAACUGUUCAUUCCAAGUUCAGCUUCUACCACACAGACCAACUGCUCUGAUUCUGGGGAAAAUUCUGACAGUGUGUCUGUUUUGAUAAAACACAGAAAAUCCGACAGAAAAAGAAAAUGUAGUAGGAGAAACAUGUCUGCUGGAUCUGUCCUGAGGAAACAUCAGAGACUGCACCCAGGAGGGAAGCUACAAAAACAUCUGAAUUUGAAGAACUGGUGGGCCUCCAGAAAAUUGAGGGGCAGGUUACCUAAGCUGCAGACAGGACUGGGGGCACUCUGGAAACAUGGUUCUAUAAAUAUAAAUACCCAGUCCCAUGAAACUCUCCAAAUGGAAACAGAGACACACAUAGAAACCUCAGAGGCGGCUUCCUCCACAGAUUCCAGGGAAGCAAAACCUGGGCAAAGAGCUCCAUCUCCUUUACUUCCAGACAAAACGGCUGCUGAGUUAAUGGAGAUGGUGAAGCAGCUGCUUACAGACAUGGAGCAAAUUAAGUCGGAGUUGUUCUGGAUGCACCCCAUGAUGGCUAGCAUCCAGAAUACCCUGGGGAACCUUUUUGGCUGCACUGAUGAUGCUGAGCAUCGAAUCUCAGAUUUGGAGUUCACAUCCAGGAAUACCAAGGCCCAGAUGUUGCAGCAUUACAAUGAUAUCAGGGCUAUUGGAGCCAAGGUGGUUAGAAAAGGUGUGCAGGCUAAUGUCAUAGCCGGACUGUGGCCAUCACUGGAGGUCAAGAGAAAAAUGAGCCCCUGAAGCUGCCCCUUCAACUCUUCCCUUAUUGCUCUCAAAGACCCCUCUGCUCUGCAGAGGUGAAUCUGUUGGUGGUCCCCGGCCCCAAGGAUGUCUGGCUGGCAUCGACACGGACCAGGGCUUUUACGGCCCUGGCUCCGGCCUGGUGGAACGUACUCCCUGAGGACAUCCAGGCCCUGUGGAGUCUGUCUCAGUUCCACAUGGCCUGUAAAACAGAGUUGUUCUGCCGGGCUUUUUAUGCCAGGCCAGCUGGGUACCCCUUUUUUUAAUAUUGUCCCAUGGCCUCGACUGGGUACGACACGCAGGUUUGCUCUUGUAUGUUUUUAUGCAGGUUUUAUGCCAUCGUGCUGGUAAUUGGUUUUAAUGUUUUUAUCUUUAAUACUGCUUUUGUAUUGUUGGGGGGUUCAGCGGGGAGCAUAUGUAAGCCCCCUCGAAUCCUCUUUGGAGAUAGAAACGUAAGAUGUAGAAUGUUAAUAAAUAAACUCCAGAUUCAGUUUC